AUGCUAGCUACUCACGAAGAGGCUAUACCCUUAAAUCCGUCCCAACCCUCUGAUAAUCAAGAAAAAGGAGGAUGGGUAGACGAAAUACCUCCUCAUCUUGAACCCUAUCUUCACACCAUACCUACCCAAGGUCUAUCCGAAAGUGAAGUUGCCGAACGACAAACUCGAUUUGGAAGAAAUGAACUGAUUGAAAAGAAACGAAACAAGAUAGCCCACUUCAUGUCAUUUUUUACUGGUGCGAUCGCCUACCUGAUGGAAAUAUCGAUUAUCUUGACAGCUAUUACAAACGACUGGAUCGACUUUGGAAUUAUUCUGGCCAUGUUAAUCAUCAAUGCCAUGAUUGGCUACAUCGAGGAAUCCAAAGCUGAAUCAGCCGUAGCUGCACUCAAGAACAGUCUGGCACUAAAAUCGAGAUGCUGGCGAUCGGGACGUUUGACAGAAAUCGAAGCAAGAGAUAUAGUAAUUGGCGAUAUAAUUGUUCUCCGUUUGGGAGAUAUCGUACCUGCCGAUGCCCGAUUACUUGGUCUGGGAUCCACUGGUGAAACAGCUGAAUCUGAUUUACUGGUGGACCAGAGUGCACUCACUGGCGAAUCUUUACCGGCUCGGAAAAAACUCGGAAGCAUAGUCUACUCAUCAUCUAUUGUCAAACAAGGCCAACAACUAGCCAUUGUUGUGCGCACUGGCCACCACACAUUUAUCGGCCGAGCUGCCAGUCUGAUGACAGUUACUACGGACGCUGGUCACUUUCAGAAAGUCAUUAAUUACAUUGGAAACUUCUUGAUUGUUGCAUCUGUUGUAUUGGUUUCUAUUAUCUUUAUUUAUGAUCUGGUAGAACAAAAGGUCAAGUUUGGCGUUGUCACGAGCCAGCACGUAUUACAGGCACUCAAUGAAAUGGUGGUUUUAACUAUUGCAGCUAUCCCGGUCGGUUUACCUACAGUUAUGUCGGUCACUAUGGCUAUCGGAGCCAAGCAAUUAGCUAAACGACAGGUCAUUGUGAAACGACUGACAGCUGUAGAAGAACUUGCAUCAGUUUCGAUCCUUUGCAGUGACAAAACCGGCACACUUACUCUCAACGAGCUCACGUUUGAUGAGCCUUACCUCAAGGCACCCUUUGUAAAAUCAGACAUUUUACUCUAUUCUUAUCUGGCUAGUGAGCCUGCUACUCACGACCCCAUCGAAGUAGCAGUUCGAGCAGCUGCACAAAAGGGAAACCCAAAGAUCAGUCCAAACGAUUCUGGGCAUGCCGAAGGAUACCAUGUCACAUCAUUCAUGCCUUUUAAUCCAGCCGACAAGAUGUCUCGUGCAACCAUACAACACCUAGAGUCGGAAAAGGUGUUUAGGGUAGCCAAGGGUGCACCUCAGGUCAUUUUGGCUUUGGUGGGUGGAGAUUCUGAGGCAGAGCGUAAAGUGGAUGAACUGGCUAGCCGAGGCUUACGUUCGCUCGGUAUUGCAUGCACAAAGUUGGGCACCAAUGACGAGUGGCAGCUAGUUGGUAUGUUGAGUCUUAUUGAUCCGCCACGCCACGACUCGGCCGAUACUAUUCGCGAGUGCGCAAAGUAUGGAAUUUCGGUCAAGAUGAUUACUGGCGAUCAGACAAGUAUUGCUAAAGAGGUUGCAGGUCGUUUGGGUAUGGGUAACUCUAUAAUGGAUGCCGAUCAUCUUGUCGAUCACAACAAGUCUGAACAAGAAGUGGCCGAAGAGUGCCUCAGAGUUGAUGGAUUUGCUAGAGUUAUUCCAGAGCACAAGUAUCGUGUAGUAGAAUUAUUGCAGGGUAUGGGAUACUUUGUAGCCAUGACUGGUGAUGGUGUGAAUGAUGCUGCUGCCCUAAAAAAGUCCAAUGUUGGAAUUGCUGUUCAUGGAAGUACAGAUGCUGCUCGGUCUGCGUCUGAUAUCGUAUUACUUGCACCCGGACUGUCUGCGAUUAUUGAGGGUAUCAAAACCUCUCGUAUUAUUUUCCAGCGUCUGCGCUCUUAUGCUCUCUACCGCAUUACAUCAACUAUACAUUUCCUGGUCUUCUUCUUUAUCGUAACCCUCGUAGAAGAUUGGCAGAUGCCCCCCAUAUUUUUGAUCCUGAUCUCUGUACUCAAUGAUGCGGCCACUUUAAUUAUGGCCGUCGAUAAUGUCAGCAUAUCUCUAAAGCCAGACAUGUGGCGCCUUGGACUUUUAAUUGUACUUUCUUGUGUCUUGGCGGUCGUGUUGAGCAUUUUCUCGUUUGCACACUUUUACAUAUUUAGGGACAUAUUUCAUGUUACUCCCGGACAAUUGUCUUCAAUCAUGUACCUUCAUAUUUCUUCUGCUCCUCACUUUGUAAUCUUUUCCACUCGUAUCGAGUCUUUCUUCUGGAACAACAUUCCUUCCUGGCCAUUUACUUUGGUUGUGCUGGCGACCCAAUUUGUUGCACUGAUCUUGUCCGUGUACGGUGUAUUUGGAAAGAUACCGAAUGUAGAGCCAAUUGGGUGGCCACGCGGAAUGAUCAUUAUGGCGAUAUCGAUUGGCACAUUUAUGGUAGUUGAUCUAGUCAAGGUCUUUACGAUCCGGUUGUGGAAUCGUUUUGCAGAUAAACAAAGAAAACCAAAUAUUCCACAGGGUCGUGCUCAGCGAUUUCAGCAGCAGCAAAAUGAACAACAUUCACGUACGGGGUACGACAGAGCAGAAAGAAGAGAAUCUGUCAACUCUGUUAUAUCAUUUUAA